GGCCUACCUCGGCGCCUCGACCUGCAGCACCGCCUCCAGCUCCUCCCACUGGUGCCUCGACAUCAACAUCGGCCUCUCCAGCCUGGCAUCCUCCUCAUGAUCCAUGGACAGGUCUGGUCCAGGCGUGGUCCAUGCCGUGGUCUGCACCCUCUCCCGUCGGCGCCCCUCCCGCAUAUUCAGGUGCAUGGCAGCCGGGGAUGUGCCCACACACUGGCACUCCUGAUUUUCUCGGUGUUCGUCCACCUGCUCAGGCCUAUUAUGCCGCCCCCACUAUGGCUCCUUUUGCUGCUGCCCCACCUAUACAGUACGGUGCUCCCAUGUCAACUCCAGUCUACCAUACUGAUCAUUCAGGAGUCUACUACCAGCCGAUGCAGCUCCCCACGUAUGCGGCAACACCACCUGCGCCCGCACCUGCACCACCACCAGCGCCGCCCUCUACCAACGUCACGAGCUGGGAUCAAGCUGCGUUUCUCCAGGCCAUGAACAAUUUUGCUGCACAAGGUAACACAGGAUUUCAACACCAAGACGGAGAUCGCACGCUUCGAUAGCUCCGGCGACCUCUACUCCAUCCACGGUGCUCCCACUGCUGCGCUUCCUUCUACCAUGCUUGCUACGGUGGAUCUUUGGCAUCAGCGUUUAGGUCAUCCCAAUAGUGCCACACUGUCGUCCAUACUUAGUGAUUUUUCUAUUCCAUGUAAUAAAGAACCUCAUAAUUCCUCUCUAUGUAUUUCAUGUCAACAAGGAAAACAUGUUAGGUUACCUUUUAGUU